UUGUGCUCGGAUCUAGUAGGAUAGGAAACAUAUUGAUAAUUCAAUGCUUAGUAGCCAUCAUUCAGAUGUAAUCGGUACAAUUGUUACAACAGUUUGCAAAGGCACACAUCGGUUUGGAAAUCACAUUUUGGAGAACACAACAAUGGAGAAUUCUUGUACACAAAAUAAAGCUACCUGUUACGAGCUUUUCCCUCAGGAGCUACCCAACUUGGACGCAGUUCCAUCGCUCGAAGCGGAGCUACGCAAAGGAGCAAUGGAGCGAUUGGCCAGCAGAAAAUUUGUGGCACAACAAAAAAGGGCGGAAAAACGACGCUUUGUGCCUACUGUUUCUAAAUUAGUACAUCCAAAUCCACCAAAGUGUCAAAAAUGUCAACACAGUGGCAACUUUAUUUUAGAUCGUCAGAUUCUCGAACCAUCGGAUCACAUUGAUUUUAUCGCAAGACCUAAAGAAGUGAUGCAACUCAAGAGACCGUACUACGUCGACCACAAACUUUCAUCUGCAACGAAUCGUAUAAAAACAUUAGCGAGACCUGGCGCUUUACACGUGAAGACUACGCUAGAAAAAUACACAAAACUUUCGCCGGAACAUGAACAACAUUUAAAGAAUCUUUUGGAACCGAAACCGUUCGUUACCAUCAUGGAAUCGAUUGGGUAUGCAAAGCAGCAACGAUCUGACGAUGCUGUGUGGAGGCGGCAUAUGGCAAACCAGGAGCGGAAACUACUUCACAAGAUUCACUAUUGGGAAAUCGAACAUCUCAAGAUAGUGAUGGAAGCACUAUGCAAAAAGCUUAAGGAUUACUAUCUAUCUCCCAGCGCACCACCGUUGACAGAAGAGGGCGUGCAAAUAUCGCGCAGUGUUCUCCGCAUUAUUUGUCGCUUUUUAGACAUUGCGAUUCCUCACGCCGACGGGCAAGAAAACGGGGGAGAUAAUGAUGUUAUCGACGACUUUUAUGUGGAAUUGUCCAAAAAAAUUGGUUUCUGGACAGUGAAAAUUAUGGCACAAACCGGUAUAACGUUUGAUAAGCAAAAAUCUUUCUCGUACGUAAGAAAAUCGGAAUCUUUCGUAUCGGUCAAUUCGAGUGUUUUCCAGCUCGAUUUAAGCCCGAUUGGCGAUGACGCCGUCGCCGUAGCACCAACGAGCAUACUUUCGCUGGAAAUUAUUUACGACUGUGUGGAUGCAGCGGUCGCUACGGUGGAAAAGGGAAUUUGUGAAAGGCGCAAUAGUGUGUGCAUAGAAAGUGAGGAGAAAAUUUUACAAGAGGACACGACUCGUUCGGCUGAAAACGAAGAAGAGUCUAAACCGGAUCAUAGCAUUGUUAUCGAUAUCGAUGCUUCCACGCAUAGUAACACUGAAAAUGCAGACCAAACGUCUGAUGAUAUUGAAGAAGAUCAAGUAACGGUCAUCGAAAAUAUUCCGAAUGAAGAAACAGAUGAGGAUGAACAAGAGGAAGCGAAACAACGACAAACGUAAACCGGUAAUGGCGCGUUCCCACCACUUACUUUUAAUCUGAUUCCAUUCCAAGUUGGAAAACAUCGCCUGACCGUACACAGCACAGGAAUCGGGAUUGCGCAAUAUUUCUUGUGGCAUCAGCUUAAACAGUACCGGCAGAAGGAGCUGAAAAAUAAAAAUAAAUUACCUAUCAAUUCGGA